GUCAGCGGGCGCUGCAGUAGUCGCCGCAGCGGCGAUGGGAGCGGUGGGGACAAGGCGGCGGCGGCGGCGGCAGGAGGAGGAGCAGAGGCUGGCACAAGCACAGCGGCUGGGGGCGGCCAGCAGCAGCAGUAACAGCAGCAGCCGCCGCCGCCGCCGCCAGUAAACGCGGACGGUACCCGAGGGGACUACCCAGCCUGCCGGCCCUCGAAGCCGCGCUCCGGUCCCGCCGCAACUGGCGGCGGGGGAUGGGCAGGCGGCGGCCGUCCCGCCUGCUGAGGGUUGACCGCUGCCGGUCCCGGCCCUGAGCUGGACUCGAGCCCUCCUUCCGAAAUCCCUGCGACCGCCACGGCCCAGCAGGCGCGAGGCGUGCAGGAAGGACGGGUCCAGGCUGUCUCUCUGCCAUCAGCUCAGGUUAAAUGGAAACCACCCUUGGGAGCCGGAUGCCUGUGUAGCCCUUCUACCACAUCAGUGAAUUGCAAUGAGUGGAGGAGGAGAGCAGCCGGAUAUCCUCAGUGUUGGAAUCCUGGUCAAAGAAAGAUGGAAAGUAUUGAGGAAGAUUGGGGGUGGGGGCUUUGGAGAAAUUUACGAUGCCUUGGACAUGCUCACCAGGGAAAAUGUUGCACUGAAGGUGGAAUCAGCUCAACAACCAAAGCAAGUUCUGAAAAUGGAGGUUGCUGUAUUGAAAAAACUACAAGGGAAAGACCAUGUUUGUAGAUUUAUUGGUUGUGGGAGGAAUGAUCGAUUCAACUACGUGGUCAUGCAGUUGCAGGGUCGGAAUCUGGCAGAUCUACGCCGUAGCCAGUCCCGGGGCACGUUCACCAUUAGCACUACUCUUCGGUUGGGUAGACAGAUUCUGGAGUCUAUUGAGAGUAUCCAUUCUGUGGGAUUCUUGCACCGAGACAUUAAACCGUCAAACUUUGCCAUGGGUCGCUUUCCUAGUACAUGUCGGAAAUGUUAUAUGCUUGAUUUUGGCUUGGCUCGACAGUUUACCAAUUCCUGUGGUGACGUCAGACCACCUCGAGCUGUGGCAGGCUUUCGAGGGACAGUUCGUUAUGCAUCAGUCAAUGCUCAUCGGAACAGGGAAAUGGGAAGACAUGAUGACCUUUGGUCCUUGUUCUACAUGUUGGUGGAAUUUGUGGUUGGUCAGCUCCCUUGGAGAAAAAUAAAGGACAAGGAACAAGUGGGCUCUAUUAAGGAGAGGUAUGAGCACAGGCUUAUGUUGAAACAUCUCCCUCCAGAAUUCAGCAUCUUUCUGGAGCACAUCGCCUCUUUGGAUUAUUUUACAAAACCAGACUACCAGCUUCUUACAUCCGUGUUUGACAACAGCAUCAAGGCCUUUGGAGUAAUUGAAAGUGAUCCUUUCGACUGGGAGAAGACUGGAACUGAUGGCUCCCUCACCACGACCACUGCCUCCACCACGCCUCAGCUGCACACCCGUUUGACCCCUGCGGCGAUUGGAAUUGCCAAUGCCACUCCCAUCCCAGGAGACAUGCUUCGAGAAAAUACAGAUGAGGUAUUUCCAGAUGAACAGCUUAGUGAUGGAGAAAAUGGCAUCCCUGUUGGUGUGUUACCAGAUAAAUUGCCUGGGUCUCUGGGACACCCUCAUCCCCAGGAGAAGGAUGUCUGGGAAGAGAUGGAUACCAACAGGAAUAAGAUAAAGCUUGGGAUUUGUAAGGCUGCCACUGAAGAGGAAAAUAGCCAUGGUCAAGCAAAUGGUAUUCUGAAUGCUCCAAGCCUCGGUUCCCCAAUUCGUGUCCGCUCAGAGAUUACUCAGCCAGAUAGAGAUGUUCCAUUGGUGCGAAAGUUACGUUCUAUCCACAGCUUUGAGCUGGAGAAACGCCUAGCGUUGGAACCAAAGCCAGAUACUGACAAGUUUCUUGAGACCUGCUUGGAGAAAAUGCAGAAAGAUCCCAGUGCAGGAAAAGAAUCCACUCUCCCUGCUCUGCUUCAUAAGCCGUGUGUUCCAGCUGUGUCCCGUGCUGACCACAUCUGGCACUAUGAUGAAGAAUAUCUUCCAGAUGCUUCCAAGCCUGCCUCUGCCAACACUCCUGAGCAGGCAGACGGUGGUGGCAGCAAUGGAUUUGUAGCCGUUAACCUGAGCUCCUGUAAGCAGGAGGUGGAUUCCAAAGAAUGGGUGAUUGUGGACAAGGAACAGGACCUUCAGGACUUCAGGACAAAUGAGGCUCUAGGCCAUAAGACAACUGGAAGCCCUUCUGAUGAGGAGCCCGAAGUCCUCCAGGUCUUAGAAGAGUCGCCUCAAGAUGAAAAGCUCCAACUGGGUCCUUGGGCAGAAAAUGAUCAUUUAAAGAAGGAAACCUCAGGCGUGGUCUUUGUGCUUUCUGGGGAGUGCCCUGCCACUGCUGCUUCAGAGCAAUAUACAGAUCGGCUAGAACUCCAGGCUGGAGCUGCUAGUCAGUUUAUUACAGUGACACCCACAAGUCCGAUGGAGGCGCAAGCGGAAGGACCCCUUACAGCGAUUACAAUUCCAAGACCUUCUGUGGCAUCUACACAGUCGACUUCAGGAAGUUUUCAUUAUGGUCAGCAGCCAGAAAAGAAAGACCUUCAUACCAUUGAGCCCACUGUGGAACUUUACUCUCCAAGGGAGAACUUCUCUGGCUUGGUUGUGAUAGAGGGCGAACCACCUAGUGGAGGAAGCAGAACAGACUUGGGGCUUCAGAUAGAUCAUAUUGGUCAUGACAUGUUACCCAAUAUCAGAGAGUAUGACAGAUCCCAAGACCUUGGACCAAAAGACCUUCCUGACCAUAACAGACUGGCUGUGAGAGAAUUUGAGGGCCUCCCUAGGGAAUUGGAAGAGAAAAGCAUUCUUGUAGGGUCAGAUAAUGAAGAAGAGAAAUUAAGUAAAGGGCAGCAUUAUAUUGAGAUCUCCCCUCUCCCAGGAGACUUGGUAACAAUGGAAAGGGAUCAUUCAGCUACUAGUGAACCUCUUGAUGUGACAAAAACACAGACUUUUAGUGUGGUGCCAAAUCAAGACAAAAAUCAUGAGAUAAUGAAGCUUCUGGCAGUUGGACCUUCAGAAGUAUCUCCACGAGUUAUUGACCCAUACGUUGAAGAGCAGAUAGGCCAGGUGGCAGCAAUGCAAAAAAGUAAGAUAUCUAAGGAGGAUGACCUCAGGGGUGAAGAUUUGCCAAAUCAUUCCGGAGACCUCUCUACUUUUUUGCACCAAGAGGGUAAGAGAGAGAAAAUUGCCCCUAGAAAUGGAGAGCUAUUUAAUCCUGUUUCAGAGAAUGAACAUUGUCCCCCGUCCCGGAAGGAUGUGGUUAGAUCAUCCUUUGUAACUAGACACAGCCGAAUCCCUGUUCUAGCACAAGAGAUAGACUCAACUUUUGACUCAUCCUCUCCAGUCUCUGCAAAAGAAAAGCUCCUCCAAAAGAAAGCUUGCCAGCCAGACCUUGUCAAGCUCCUGGUGGAGAAAAGGCAACUCAGGUCUCUCCUUGGGGACCUCUCAAGUGCCUCUGAUAAGCUGCUAGAGGAGAGAUUAGCCACUGUUCCUGCUCCCUUUUCCGAGGAGGAAGUCUUCACCCCCUUUUCAAGACUGGCUGCAGAAUCACACCUGAGCAGGUCAGCCGAAGACAGCUUUCUGGCACCCAUCAUCUCCCAGUCCAGAAAGAGCAAAAUUCCAAGACCAGUUUCAUGGGUCAACACAGAUCAAGUCAAUAGCUCAACUCCAUCUCAGUUCUUGCCUCGGCCACCACCCGGAAAACCACCCAUGAGGCCUGGAGUAGAAGCCAGGCUCCGCAGAUAUAAAGUCCUAGGGAGUAGCAAUUCCGACUCAGACCUUUUCUCCCGCCUGGCCCAGAUUCUUCAAAAUGGAUCUCAGAAACCCCGGAGCACUACGCAGUGCAAGAGUCCAGGAACCCCUCACAAUCCAAAAACACCACCCAAGAGUCCAGUUGUCCCUCGCAGGAGUCCCAGUGCCUCUCCUCGAAGUUCUUCCUUGCCUCGCACAUCCAGUUCCUCACCAUCUCGGGCUGGACGGCCCCACCAUGACCAGAGGAGUUCAUCCCCACAUCUGGGGAGAAGCAAGUCACCUCCCAGCCACUCGGGAUCUUCCUCCUCCAGGAGGUCCUGCCAACAGGAGCAUUGCAAACCCAGCAAGAAUGGCCUGAAAGGAUCCGGCAGCUUCCACCACCAUUCAGCCAGCGCUAAAGCUCCCCCAGGGAAGAGUAAGUCAGCCAGUAAGCUCAGCAGAUAGGAGCUGGGCCGCAUCUUUCUGAAAGAUGGAACCGCAAACCAGAAGAAUUCACUCAUCGAGCAAGACAAGUUAGAGUAACUUAACAGUUCCAUAGUUUUCUCCCUUUCUUCUCUUCAUGAAAUCAGUGAUGAGAAACUACUCUUUGAAAUACCUCCAAAGGUAUUGUAUUGUAUCCCUUUCCCCUCCAAGCAGCCCUC